CAUGGAAGGGAAGGGUGCUGUCUGCUGUCUGGCUCCUCUCUGGUUCUGUUUACAUUCAGUGUCAGUUGGUCUACGCGCUCGCCAGUGAAUGUACACAAGGUCAGUUUGGCAGCUCUCGUGCUCUCCUCUCGGUUCAAUCUCAACAGCUCAACACCGAUCACUUUCUGUCUUCUGAUACAAAUAAAGAUUUGAUUUGAAGAGGAACUCGUGAUUUGCUAGUGCGGUGAUUUGGUGCCACUCGCUGCCAAUGAUGGGUAAUUGCUUCUCGCACUUCCGGGCCGUGUUCAAGCCGAACGCUGGCUCGGAUUCGCACUCUUCGCCUCUGAAGCCGAUCCGUGCUGUGCCGCUCAAACCUCCCGAUGGACUGCCUCGUCCACCUCGUGCCUCGGAGCGCAGCGCCGCCUAUGAAGUGGAUGGGUCACGGUCAGCUGUUGCGGAUGUAUUGGUGGUGACGGAAGUGGACCUGUGUCUGUCACUGAAUGGACAGGAGCACCGCACAGAGCAGUACCAUGCGAUUCGCAGGGAAAGCAAGCCACAGCUUGUCGUACGACGAGGCCAACAGUUUCAAAUCGACCUUGUCCUGUCAAGAGCCUUCAAUUCUGACUUGGAUGCGAUUUCUUUCAUUUUCACUUGUGCUAAUACGAAGAAACCCAAUCAUGGCCAAGGAACACUGGUUGCAGUCCCUCUGCUUCUCAAAUCAGCGCCCUCUCUGGAUUCCUGGACUGCGACCAUUGAUCGGUCCUCAGAAAAUGUCAUUUCUAUUCAGAUCACGCCAGCGGCGAAUUGCAUAGUUGGAGAAUGGAAAAUGGAUAUUGACACAAAAUUAGUGGACAACAGUGCACUAAGCUUCAAUCUUGAUGCUCCAUUUUACAUACUAUUCAAUCCUUGGUGCCAAGAUGACCAAGUUUACCUGGAUGGAGAAGAAUUGCGCAAAGAGUAUGUACUAGCUGAUACAGGACUGAUAUGGCGUGGAACUUUGAAUCGAAUGAGGCCUUCUGUAUGGAAAUAUGCACAGUUCGAGAAGGAUAUUCUCGAGUGCUCAGUCUAUCUAUUGACAAAUACUGGCAAAUUGCCUCCUUCAAGCUGCAAUGAUCCUGUCAAAAUCACAAGAGCUCUUUCUGCUGCGGUGAACUCCCCAGAUGAUUACGGAGUUGUGAUGGGAAACUGGUCGGCUGACUUUGGUGGGGGAACUCCCCCCUCGAAGUGGGUCGGCAGCAUGAAAAUCAUACAGAAGUUCUUCAAGGACAAGAAACCAGUCAAAUAUGGACAAUGUUGGGUGUUUGCUGGGAUCAUUUGUACCGUUUGCAGAGCUCUAGGAAUCCCUUGCAGGGUUAUUACAACUUAUGCUGCUGCUCAUGACACUCAGAAUUCGCUGACAGUGGAUUAUUUUGUUGAUGAAAACGGAUCAGUGAUGGAAGAAUUAAAUAGCGAUUCUAUAUGGAACUUCCACGUGUGGAACGAGGUUUGGUCGUCAAGACAUGAUCUGGGCGAAGAUGAUAAGUAUGGAGGCUGGCAGGUGAUUGACGCGACGCCGCAAGAGCUAAGUGAGGACAUGUUCCGACUCGGACCAACGUCGGUGGCGGCUGUUAAAAAUGCCGAAAUACUCAGACCUUACGACACAGCCUUCGUCUUCUCAGAAGUUAAUGCUGACAAAAUAUUUUGGAGAUAUGCAGGACCGUCACAACCCCUCAAACUUCUCCGUAAAGAUAUACUUGGAAUUGGUCAAUGUAUAAGUACUAAAGCUGUUGGUAAAUGGACUAGAGAAGAUAUCACCGAAAACUACAAACAUGCUGAAAAAACUGAAACAGAAAGAACAAAUAUGUUGAAAGCUUUGAGGCAGAGUGAAAGCUUGUUCAGCAGGUAUUACCUCAAUGAAGAGUUCAAUGAUAUCAAAUUCGACUUCAAGCUAUUAGAUGAUAUUGUUAUUGGUCUACCUUUCAGUGUUAUUCUAUCAAUGAAAAACAAGAGUCGAUCCACAAACUAUUCCAUCUCUAUUAUUCUCCGAGUGGACACAGUGAUCUAUACUGGUCGCAUCAAGGACUCUGUGAAAAAGCAGAGGUUUGAGAAGGUUGUCAAAGCCGGGGAAGAGGAAGAAGUUAAAAUGGAUGUGAGUUGGGAAGAGUACUCGAAGAGACUAGUUGACCAAUGCGCGUUCAACAUUGCAAGUAUGGCGACUGUCAACGACACCAACUUUGAGUACUUUGCACAAGAUGACUUCAGAGUCAGGAAACCUGAUAUCAAAAUCAAGCUGGAUGGAGAAGCACUGAUAGGACAGCCUCUGACAGGUACUGUGUCUUUCAUCAAUCCUCUCCCAAUCAGUUUGAAGAAAGGAAAGUUUACGAUUGAAGGACCUGGAUUGGAAUCACAAUAUAAGGUCAAACUGACUAGCAAUGUUGGACCGAAUGAAGAAUUGAGUGCACCCUUCAAAAUGAUUCCAAUCUUCCCUGGCCGAGCGACGAUCGUCGUCAAGUUCACUUCCAAGGAGCUUGAUGAUGUCGAUGGCUUCCUCAAUUUCAUGGUUCAUGAUAAACCUUCUGAAAUCAAUGGUGUAUCAAACAGUAUACUAUCUUGAAAAGUUUUACUUUCAGUUGAGCUUUAAUAAUAUCAUCAUUUUUGUAAAUAACAUGAGUCAUUUCUAUUUUAAGGUUUUCAAAAUUCACAGUAAUUUUAAGUACGAUAAUUUGUAAACUAAUGAUAUGUUUUUCGCUUAUAGGUUUUUAUCGACAGUAAAAUAAGAUAAAAUAAUCAAUUCUAUACAAGAACUAUCUAGUGUAUUAGAACUAUCUGUAGAUUAUUCAUUCAUAUUUCAUGCAUAACAUCAACUGCAUUUGAAAUUGUCAUGGAUGUGCCAUAUAACUUACUUCAUAACUUAAUACAAUAUUAUAAUAAAUUAAUUCAUUGAGAUACUUUCGAUUUGAAACUAGGUAUAUUUUACCGUUGUGCCUUACUCAAAUAUGACACUUUAGACUUUAUGCAGUCAUAAGAUAUGUAAAUUUUUAUGACAAUUUUUUAUUGUGUGCUGUUGUUGUCCAGAGAUAUCAAUGACUGUUAAUAUAAUUGAACAAGGUUGAUGAAUUACUGAUAUUUAGGCCUAUGAUUUUUUGUUUAAUCAUUAUGAUAAUAAUAAUAUAGGUAUUAGCCAAAUUUAUAUAUAUUUUUUUGGAAUAAUCUCUUGGGUGAGACAUAGAGAACUCAACAAGAUAUGUUUAUGAGACUAGGUACCUACUACAUCUUGUACUGUAAGUUCUAUUUUUAGGCUAUAAGUACUGUUUCUAAUUCGUUACUCAAUUAAAGUAUAAUAUUCUGUCAUU